AUGAGGAGGAAACGAACGGAGGAUGAUAAGAAAAAGAAAAGGAUCGGAGGUGAACAAAAGACGGCGGUUCGAGAGAGGAAGGGAAAGGGUGAGAGAGGCGGGGAAGAGGUCAGAAAAGAAGAAAUGGAACAGCGAAUCGUUCCUCGGGAUGCACACUCCUCGACAAGGAAGAAAGGAGUCUGUGCGAGAAGAAACGAGUAUCGCGGACCAAAGGACGAGGAAGAAGAAGAAGAAGACGAAGAAGGAAGUAGAGAAGCAAGAAGAAGAAGCAGAAGAAGAAGAGGAAAGAAGGGAGCCAAGGUAAAAGGGAGACGUGCGAGAGGAGGCGAGGGGACGAGGUCUGGGUUGGGUAAGGUGAGGGCUCCUACGGAGGCCAGUUCUCUCCUUCGAGUUGCACGCUUAUCUCGUCCUCGUCGUCAUCGUGGUGUACGACCUCAGAAUCGUGGUAUCGCGAACGUUCGUCUACUUCGCGGGUGGAUGUCGGCUAGCAGGAAGAACAGGAUGACCCUGGCCAGCCUGGGUGGAAUCCUCGCCGUCCUGCUGCUCGUGCUGCUGGAGACCUCGUGGACCAGGGCCAAGCCUCAGCAGAUCAAACCGGGGUGCAGGUACGAGGGUCGCAGAUACCAGGAGGGCACGUCGGUGGUCACGUCCGAGCCCUGUUUGCAGUGCAGGUGCAGCGAGGGCGCGCUCAGAUGUCGUCUUCGAGUUUGUCCACGGCUGCCAAACCCACCACCCGCCGGAUGUCGCGUCCGUUCACCAGGGGAGAACGUCUGUUGCGCGGAAUUAGUUUGCGGCGAGACACGUGAUGCCGUGAGCAUGCUACGGAGAUCCAACGCUCACGUGGAAGAAGAUGAGAAGACGGAGGAUCAGCAGAAUCCUCGUUUUGAGGGUUGCCUGCACGAGGGCGUGAGGUACGGGCCCGGCUCGGCGAUGAUGGGCUCACGUAGAUGCGAGUACUGCUACUGCAUCUCUGGCGCGAGAAGAUGCAUCAGACCAAAGUGCCUGCUGCCCCUGCCAGGAUGCACUCCACUCUACGCCCCGCACUCCUGCUGCCCUGUUGCCUACAAUUGCACCCAUCUCCAUUCCUCCACGCUGGCGCCUAUCACGGGAAACGGGUGCCGCGUGGGCUCGAGGGUGUACGAGGAGGGUGAGAUGGUCCGGGACAUCGAGUGGAAGGCCGCCUGCGACAAUUGUUUCUGCGCGAUGGGCGCGGUGCGCUGCGUGCCGCUCGCCUGCGCGCCUCCUCUUCAAGGCUGCAGCCCGAUCGUACGCGAGGGACACUGCUGUCCGUCCACCUACAACUGCAGCGGUAGCAUCGAGGUUAAGGCCACCCAGAACUACGCCUCGUACGCGUUCAUCAGCAAGGACUACGCCAAGUUUCGCAAGGAGACCAAUUUCUUUCCGGCAGUCGAUCAGAUAACGAAUCCUCCGGUGGAGGGACGAGGUCAUCGAGUGGUCGAGGAACGAAUCGAUUCGAGCACAAAGGAGCUCGAGGAGGAGUCUUCGAUCGCGACCGAUUCCACGUCCUGGCCGUCCACCUUCGAGACCGACAUCAUGGACAACGAGAUCCUCGAGACGGUGGACUACGUGAAAUCCAGCCCGGAAAUCCCCACCACCACUGCUGGUACCGUUGAAGAGUCAACGGCGAGCGUCGAUUCGACCACUCUGGAAUCGACUCUGUCGAUCAUGGACGACGAUCUCGGCAACGACUCGUCGACGAUUUCCUCGACGAACAGCGUCGGCGAGUCGACGACGAUCAGCUUGAUCGAGGAUCUGUCAACGGCGGACGACACGACCACUACGAGCACGACUACGGAAUCGACGACCCUUUUGCCGGAAGCGACCGGAAACGACACGGUGACGGAGCUACAGGAGGUGGAGAAGAUGCGCGACGUGACCGUGAGGAACAAGAAUACAACCUCGACGACGAGCGUAGAGCUCGAGCAGGAUUUCGAGCACGCCAACUCCACGGCGGAACCGGCCGAGACCACGGAGUCGAUGGGCAAAGGGUCCGUCACCAGGCCGUCAUCCACCGUGUUAAUGCCGGACGACAUCCUGGUGAUGAACGUGACUGUGAAAACGAACGUCUCGGUGGGUCACAUACAGGGUGUCACGAUCAAUCCGAUUAGAUCGAUCCCGCCGGACGUAGAGGCCAUUCUGAACAUCACUCAUCGGGAGAAGGGGGAGGAUUAUGAUUACGACUACAGCGAGCCGACUUUGCCACCGUCGUUACCGAAUGUCAGGAUAAUUCCCUUCGUGGCAGCGGACGCGCUGGUGAAAGACAAGACGGUCCCGUCCCCGGUCACCGGAUAUCCUUCCGGUUCGGUGGUGGUGCCUCCGGAGCUGCGGCCCACCGACACCUCGGGAUUUUACGAUAUCGCCACUCAGGAAAACAGAUUCAGUCCGCCGGUGGAGACCGAAGGUGGAUUCGUGCCGAGGGAACCGCCCUAUUUCGACGCUCCUUACCACUCUACCGAUCUGAAUCUUGAAAUCGGGACAGGCGUCACCGUGGUUCCGGCAACAAUCACGAAUCCUCAUCGCAAAAGCGACGCCAGCAACUGUCUCUUCGAGAAUAUGGAGUACCGUCACGGGGAGAUUCUGCCGAGCAGCAGUAUCUGCGUGAUUUGCAUGUGCUACUACGGCGAGGUGGUGUGCUCCUCGGAAAAAUGUCCGCCUCUGAAGAUCGGAUGUAGAAGGAUCAACACCGAGGAGACGUGUUGCGGAAAAAUCGUCUGUGUGGAGGCUGAAGAAUCGCCAACCGUGGUGCUAGACCGUGCCGACGCCACUGCACCGUCUCUCCAUCAGCCAAUAGUGUCUCCGGAUCCAUUCCGCGACGUGAUCAAGACGGAACCAGCUCCGGAUUUGCCUUCCCUCAUCGAGGACAUGAUCCCCUAUCUGCAUUCGUCGAAUUUCGAUUUCGUCGACAAAUUGGUUCUUCUGCGUCCACCGUAUAGACCAGAAGAAGACCCAGACAGACAGAUCCCGAAGAAUAAAUACAACGUUGCUCAAGAGGGCCACCUGCAAGAAGGGAUCGCCUCGAGUUACAAUUCCAAGGAAUCAGAACAGUCUCUGGAUCACGUCUCUGAGCCGGUUCCUCAUAGAAUCGGCCCCCUGAUGGUGGACCAUACUACCAAGAAACAGGAAGACCGUUUUGUACCUUCCACCAACGCGACAAAUCCUAUUUCUGCGAAGCUAGACACCUCAAAGAUCAACGACACCGAUAUUUCAUCUGGAUCUAAGGUCCCAGAUCAGUCGAUAGAGAUCAACGACUCGAAGCUUCAUUCUACCACCGGUGGACCGGUCUCUAAACCUAACCCAGAUCUAGAGGACCCUAUAUUCUCCUUAGACAGCGUCCUAGAUCUUCUGUUCUCCUCGGACACGAUUAACGACCCAGGUAACAAGGCUACGAAGGCACCAGAGCCCUCGACCACCAGCAGGUCGACCACUGAUACCAACCACGAGUCAGAGAACGAGAACGUGUCUUCCAAAACGAGUCCCAAGACGCUGGAUCCCGUGACGGAGGCUGCACCGCCAUCCAAGGUCCUGGAGAACGAGAUCCCCAUGUCCGUGGCGAGUUUGCUGAAGCUGGCCGGUUGCAACAUCUACGGCAGGAUGUAUCGCGUCGGCAGGAUCAUCACCGAGCUGUCUGGACCUUGCCUGGAGUGUAGGUGCACGGAGAUCGGGGUGCAGUGUAAGCAGCUCAAGUGUUGA